AAACUACCGUUCCGUCCCGAUUUGUAAUGACACAUCAAAAUAUUUGCAAUUUUUCGACCAUUUACACUUAAACAUAAGUUUUAAGCUUUUCACAAUCGUAUUGUUUUAUAAAAUGGAUGGUGAUGAGAUGUAAUUAAGGAAACUGUGUUUGGUAAAAUUGAUACAUUUAUUAGUCGGCAAUGUCUUUCAUAACGAAAAGAGAAAGAGUUUUCAACGAGUAUGAUGUGUAUGAUUUGCCAUCACGGAAUGAAGGGAAGUUGAAAGCAUAUUCUUCAUGCACUGACGCGCGAGCUUGGUCCCACUUCUGUUCCGACAAGGCUGAACAUCUGGUCGAAAUUAUUAAAAAAAAUAACGAAUCAUGUCGGCCGAAGUACUUGCCCACGGAUGUGAUUGUCAAUACUUUAAUGGUAGCGAAGAAUGCUGAAAUAGGUCGCCUCAAGCGCAAGAUUGAGGAGUUUGAACAAAUGCUGGCUGCCUAUGAUCAGCUUGAACUAACAACGGAACAAAAAUGUGAUAUAGCAGGUGCUCAUGCUUCUAUUAAAGCAGCUAACAAAGAAUUGGAUGAAAUGUGCUUGGAUUUGGACUUAUCUGGAUUUACAGAGGGAAUUGAUUCUGAGGCGUUUGAGACUGGUAAAUCAAGAGGUGAUGAGACUCAAAAGUCAAAAGGAGAUGAGAGCGGAAAGUCGCGGAGUGGACUGUGGGAAUUUACGAAAUUAAAAUUGGAAUCUAAAAGCAACCAAGUUGGACAAGGUGAAGUUUUAUAUGCGGCCGACGCAAGCACAUAUGCCUCUGAUCCAAGAAUUGAUGACAUGCAAGAUAUGAUUAUUAGAAAGGAUGCCAAAUUAAAUGCAAUGCAAAAUAAAAUUGCUGUUAUGGAAACUGACAUAUGUGAACCAUAUUGCCUUUAUGCUCAUAUUUAUACAGCAUUAGAGAAAAUAUUUUCUACGCUUUGUCAAAAUGGGAAAUAUAAACAUUAUCUAAAUCUAUUGACAGCUGAUAAAGACACCCGUAGUAUCGAUAUAAAAGCCAAAAUACUUUUUAAAAUGAAAGUAUUGGAGAAGUUUUCUCUUGCACUUAUCGCUCCGUGUUCUCAAGAGUACGAGCAAACCUCCUCAGCGCAAGACUGUUCUUGUUAUCGUGCUGAAAUAGUGACAACUCUCGCUCUAACGACAGCAGAAUGUGGUAAGAAUAGCAUGGAUGAUAGAAGAGCGCAAUUGGUAGCCGAUAUAAUAGACAAUCAAGAAAUGAAAGAAAUACUCAGUAAAGAAAGUGUAAUAGUAAAAUCUGAUAAUAAACAGGAUGAAUUUCUUCUAGAGAGCGAUCACUUAGAAACUGACAGUUUGAAUAGAUUAAAGAAUUUACAAGCCAACUACGAUGAUUUGGUCAAAUGUUAUGAUAAUUUAAAGUAUGAGAAAGAUUGCUUAUUUUUACGUUGUCAAAAAUAUACAGAGCUUGAAAAAGAAUGUCAGUGCAUGCAAGAACACUUGCGAGAGUAUAAUCAGCUUUGGAGUGAAAAAGAGUACUACAGGAAACGUUCGGAAGACUUAGAUGUAUUAAAGGAACGUUACUAUAUAUUGUCUGAUGAGACGUGUAACGUGGAGGCAAAACUUCAAGCAGAAUCUGAAAUAAACAGAAUAAAGUGCAAAAAUAUAGAUUACUUACAAAAUGAAAAUAUCGCUUUGGAAAAGAAGCUGCAGGAAUUAACUGUGUUAUUUGAAAGAGAAAAAAGUUCAAUGAACUGUAAAUUGAAGGAAUAUGAGUGUAAAAUAACGUGUCAAGAUCAACAAAUAAAAACAUUAUCCCUUCAAAUAGAUAAGUUUAUUGAACAAGGACACCAGAUUAUUUCUGAAGACACAUCAAAAUCGGUAGAGUUGUUGAAUGAAAUUGAAAGCCAGAAAGAACAGAUUAAUAAUCUUAGACAGGCUUUAUUGUGCAAUGAAGAAGAAAAACAAGUACUUCAAGAUAAUUUUGAAGAAAAACUUGAAUUGAUCAACGAAUUGAAGUUAGAAAUUGAGAAUUGGAAGGAAAAAUCUGAUAAACUACUACACUCUAAUAUUUGCCUUGAAGAAUAUGCAAGAGAUUACCAAAACCAAAUUCAAUAUCUUCAGAAUCAAAAUCAAUUAUUAUUUAAAGAAAUAGAAGGUAAAAAUAAGGCCCUCGAAAACUUUAAAGAAAUUAUCGACUCUAAAACAAUAGAAAUUAACAGUUUGACAGAUGUGAUAGAAGCUAAGGAUAGUAAAAAUAUUCUACUCCUGGAUACUUUAAAAAAUACUGAAGACAUGUAUACUGAAAGCUUACAAUCAUUAAAAACCGAAAACGAUCUAGCAAUUGACAUCCUUAAAGCCAAACAGCAUGAAAGUCGAGAAAUAUUAGAUACUAUAAAAACAUAUUUAUACAAUGAUCCUGAACAAAAUAAACCUCUAUCGAUAAAUGAAAUCCAACAUGGCGUACAAAGUGUUGACGACAGUUCCGAUAACAUAAACAAUAAAACUUCUGUUUUGCUAAACGAAAUCAAUAAAUUACACGAUAUAAGCGUACGAAGUUUACACACUCUCUUAGAUGAAAAUAUUCAUUACAAAGAUACUCUUGACCUAUCCAGGCGGCAACGUGAUGAAUUAGAGAAUAAAUUACAACAUUUAGAAGAAUUAACCGUUGAGUACAAUGAACUUAAAUAUUCAUAUGAAAUCUUAUUGAAAGAGAAAGGUACGCUGGAAAACGAAUUGAAAAUGAAAAAUCUUGAGCUUGAUGAUUUAAUAAAUUCUUUUCGGCUGACUAAGAAAGAAAGUGAAGAUUUAAAUAAACGUCUUGACCAAUCCGAAAGUUUAAAAGAAAAAUUUGUCGAGAUAAAUGUCUUGUAUAAAAAACUUAUUCAAGAACGCAGUGCAUUGCACCAUGAUUUAAAAUGCAAAGAAAAAGAUCUCGAAAAUAUCCAAAAGUCACUCAAUAAAUGCACACAAGAUAAUGAGAUGCUAAUGAAGGAGAAUCGUAGAUUUAUUGAUUUAGAUAAAAACCUUGCUGAUUUGAAGGUCUGUUGUCAAACCUUGGAAAUAGAAAAGAAAGAUCUUAAUAGCAUUAUCAACGAUAAAGCUCAAGAAAUUAACUAUUUGUAUGACAAUUUGGAGAAUAAAAUUGAAGAAAAUAAAAAACUACUGCACGAGAUUGAGCAAAUGCAAAUAAAAGAACACACUGCUCAAAGUGAUAUCACAACUCUAAAAGAUGAAAAUCUGAACGUUCUUCAUGAUUUAAAGUUAGUUCAAAAAGAAAGUGAUAGUUUACUUGAAAAAUUAAAAUACUAUGAACAUUUACAAUUAAACUUUAACGACUUAAAACAGACGUAUGACGAAAAGCUAUCAGAAAAUCAAACCAUUAAAAUGGAGCUGGAUAAGCUAAAAUCACAUUUAGAAGAAAUAACAAAAGAUAAUAACUUAUUGACACAACAAAAUGUGGACUUAUCCAAUCAUUGUCAGCACUUAAGUGCUCGUGCUGCGAUGAAUGAAGCCUGUAGUUCUCCAAAAAAAUAUCUCGAAGAAAUCAAAGAAGAAAUCGAAAUGAUGAAAAAGGAUAAAAUUAUUAGUCAUAAAAAAAUUAGGGAGCUGGCAGACAAAUUAGAUGAAUCGGACGCAAUCAUUUUAAAUUUACAAGAAGAUAUAAUAGCGCGGGAUAGUAAAAUUGCUACAUUGCAAAAUUAUAUAAAUGAACUUCAAGCAGAAGUGACCCAUCUUAACAAUAAUAUUGCUUAUGCUGUUGAAUCUAGCGAACAACUUUUAAGUACUAGACAUACAAAAAUGGAUGAAUCUUUAAAACAAUUGGAAGAACACCAUUUAACGGCGACCCAAAAAAUAGAAAUGGAAUUAUCCACAUUGAAAAAUGAUAAUGUGAGCUUAGAAAAUCAACUUUUAAAUACAAAAACCAAAUUAGAAGAAUUCCAUAAAGAAAAACAAAACCUGACUGAGGAAAUCGCGUACUUACAAGACGAAAGAUCAAUUACAUUACAAAAUAUUAAAGAAUUAGAAAUUAAUUGUGUCGGCGAUAGUAGCUUAUGUUUAAAUGAUUGUAGCAUUGAUGAUGUGGUAACUUCUUUUAAUAGAAUUCGACAAUGUAUUGAAUCUAAGCAUUCAAAGAGUGCUAGCUUAGAACAAAAACUACUCACUGUUCAAAAUUCAUCAAAAUUAUUAUUAAAUGAAGCUAAAAAAAUUGUAGAAAAUGAAAAACAAAAAAUAUUAGCAGAAAAAGAAGAAGCAAUAAAAGAAAGAGAACGAAUGGAAAAUCAGUUAAUUGUUUUAGAAGCUCAGUUACGAGAGCAAAUAGAACAGGAUCAAGAAAUCAUAAAAGAUUUAGAUGCCAAAUUGCUUAAUCAAAAACUGAUGUUUGAAAAAAUUGAUGAAGUUAGGCAAAAGUAUGUAACUAAGUUAGAAACUGAAAUACACAAUAUGGAAGAUAUGUAUAAAAAUUCAUUAGGUAAAAUCAAAGAACUGCAAGACAAAGUUUUAUCGGCGUCAGAAGAUAAUACUAAGAAAAUUGAAGAUAUAGAUAUAAUUUCCAAGAGUUUAGAGAAAAAAUCGAAGGAAGUUAAUUAUUUACGAAAAUGCAUUGAUGAUAUAAAAAAUAAACCUUUAAAAACCACAAUUACUCAAACUGAUGUUAAUCAUUCUGAUGAAGUUUGUCAAACUGAUUUGUUUGAACGAACUGAGAAAGAAGUUAACACAAUUCCUAAUAAUGAUAUUAUUGAUAAAAGUGGUACAAAUGUUGGCCUAAGAUUGCCUCGGGAUCUUACAAAGAAACAUAAACCGUCUUUUUCAGAUCAUGAUGAAUUAUUAUUAACUUCAUCAAAUCUGGACUUCAUUAAAAAAGUUUAUUUAGAUUAUAAAAUAAAAAAAUUAAGUCCAACUAAAUUAGAACAAUGUAUCAUAUCUGGCAACAAUAGUGAUGAAAAUUACCAUAAUGUUGAUGCAAUUCCUGGGAAAGUUUCUCCGGGACCCAAUGUGAAUGUAAUGAAUGAUAUUGGAGCCCAUCAUAAAAUUAUUGACAUAUAUAAUACACAUUCAAUUUUUACACAUAAUACAGAAUAUAGUAGCCCGGGAGGAGAAUCGACCUUUGACCUGUCAAAUGAAGACAGUAAAGAAUAUGCAUACGAAAAUAAACCUAAAACAUAUGAAUUUUCAGGCCCAUCGACAGAUAAUGAUUUAUUCUUAAUAUAUAAGGAUAGUGAUGAUGUAAAUAGAUCUGAUCCACAUACAAAGUCUUCAUUGCCAGAUCCAUUGCAUUCUACCAUUCGUGAAACUCUUAAUGAUGUAACAGAAGUAUCUAUAAAUGAUAUAUUUGACAGCACAACUAAGGAAAAUGAGUUACUUAGUUAUCAAGAUGACGACAGUGUCAAGCCAAAGCUUACUUUGAGUUUACCUCGAGUUGCUUCUGAAAGUUUAUCCAAAGGUACAAAUUCAGAAUAUGACAAAAAAUCCAUUGAUUCGUAUACUGUGGCUAUUUACACUUCGCCUAUUACAAUGCCUGAUGAGUAUGACAAUAUUUCAAUUCUUACAAACUCUCCUGCUAAAGACCUAUCUAGUUAUAUAGAUAGUCAUAAAUCUCUUACUCCAAUUGACUUAAUUAGUGAAAUGCGUGAUGACUUAUCAUAUCAACUGGAUUCUCCACAUAAGAUUACUGUUAUCAAUCAAAAUAAAAAAAUUGGUAAGAGAAAAAAAGAUAAAUUAAAAACAUCUCCGCAGAGAAGUGAAAACGAAAGGCUUACUACUGAGAUAAGUGCUGACAGGCACAAUAAAGAAAAACUUCAAAAAACUACAAAUCUUGACGAUAAAAGUAUGUCAUUAAAGGAAAAUAUUGCGAAUGACACUAGUAAUGCAAGUAAGAACAAAAAAGGUCCAAAACACUCUAAUUACGGUUUAAAAUAUAUUUUGGAUUCAGUUCAACAAGAAGUUAAUAUAAAGAACUUUAAAAAUAAUAGUGUUCACAGGAGUCAUAGUGAUAAUAUUAUUAAAGAUGGUAACAAUCAAAGUGGAUCUAGGUCCUGUACCUCACUAUUAAAAUCUUUAUCGGAUUAUAGGAAAACUUUUGCAUUCGGCACGGAAGUUAACAAAAAUGAGAAAAGCAGGCAGUCGUCCUGUUCCAUAGAGCGUGGUGUAAUGGCUAAAUUAGACAACGUACAUGAAUAUGAAAAUAAAAUAAAAGAUUUAACUGAUACAUUGGAAAGUAUUGAGAAACAUUACCAAAAGAAAAUAGAAGCUGUUAAAACUCAAUAUGAUAAUAACAUUAAGAAUAUAAUAAAUGAACAUAAUCAAGGCGUUGAAAGCAUUCAAAGCUUACAUGAUGAGACUCUUCAAGAUUUUAUAAAAAGUCACGAAAGUGAGGUUGAAAACUUGAGAACAAUGAGCAUUGAAGCUAUGCGCAAAGUUGAAAAAUUAGAAAAGGAAAACAGAGCUUUAAGAAUAAAAUUGCAAGGUGAAAAUGAAGCUACGGAGGAACCUAUAAAAUUCCCGGACACGAGAAAACGGAGGCAUAAGAGAAGUGAUACAAGAACGCUUACGACGACGAAUAUUGAGGCUUUUAAUGUGAAACCUAAACCUCGCUCACACGGACCUUGUACUUGCACCUUGGAUACGAACAUUUCGGACACAAUUCGCACUAUUUUCGAACAAGUCGAUGUCGAUCAACGUCGUAUGGCUGAACAAGCAUAUACCAAAUAUAUUGCCAACAAAAUUAUUAACAAUAAUGUUGAGGCGUUGGAUGCGCAAGAGCUAGCCUUCCUUCACCUUAAAGUGUGUCGUACGUGGAAAUGUAUGUUGAGUGAGGAAGAGGUUCUACAGAAGCGCAUCGAUUCUCUGGAAAGCGAAUUAAUGAAUAAGCAGCGACAAACAAAAAUACAUAUUGCAGAACUGGAUCGUAAGGUGGCUGUAGAGAGGCGUCGUCUUGAGGAAGUCCGCGAAGCAGUUUGCAGAAAUACGCCAGCCGUUUCCAGGGAUACCAGUCCACAGACCUAUACAACUGUUCCCGAAAAGGAAUCGUGUAAAUGUUGUUCGAUCUCCUGUAACAUUCAACCCAAAGAGAAAUUGUCGAACGAAGACUUAGUUUCUUCGGGCUCUUUGCGCCCACGAUGGCCCAAGCAGGAAAGCAACAGGGCGGUGUCAGCAAAGCUUGAUGCAGGAGAACGAAAGGAGAAAAAGCAUUUUCACGAUGAACAUCCGAUCCGUUUGAGGCGGUCCCACGAUCGGACAAAGAAGACACAUAAGAAAUGAAGAUUUAAGCGGGAUAUGGAAGAUGUAGGUGUAAUUUAAAAUUUCGUGUUUCCAAAUUCUAUUUUUUUAUUAAUUUUA